UGGGAGGAAUAAGGGGUCAGUCCAGGCAUUGUCCUUGAUGGUAGAGGAACUACUCGUGCAUGUGUGUGGAUGUAUGUUUGGUUCGCAUGCUGAUGCUUCAGGUCAUUUUUCACCCUGUGCACAGAGGACACAGCACCAAUCCACCGCCAUGAGUCGGACCACCUUUUUUGAGGUGAAGGUCCUGGAUGCCAAGACCAAAGAGCAGCUUUGUUUUUUAGAUAAGGUAUGCUCACAUAUUGCCACAGCUUGUUUUCUCAUCAGGUGGAUCCCCGGUCAACAAUAGGAGACAUCAAGAGCCUCUUUCACAAAGCGUAUCCUCGCUGGUAUCCAGCCAGACAGGCCCUGAUGCUUGAUGCCAAGGACAAAUCACUCAGAGACGAGGCAGUCUUACAGAAUCUACCGGUUGGGACUGCUGCCACGAUGUACUUCUCAGAUCUUGGUCCUCAGUUGGGUUGGACCGUGGUGUUCCUUGCCGAGUGCAUCGGGCCUCUUCUCACCUACCUCCUCUUCUAUUUUCGAGUACCGUACAUUUACUCACACAAAUAUGCCUUUACCUCCAGUCCUCAUCCUGUUGUCAGAGUAGCCUUUGCCUGUCACAGCCUCCACUACAUGAAGAGGUUGAUAGAGACUAUAUUUGUGCAUCGUUUCUCCCAUGGGACCAUGCCUCUCAGGACAAUCGUCAGGAAUUGUGUCUAUUACUGGGGUUUCUCAGCUUGGUUGGCCUUCUGUAUCAACCACCCUCUUUACACGCCUCCAUCAUAUGGAGAACUACAAGUCAACUACGCAUUAGUCAUAUUUGUGAUGUGUGAGCUGGGGAACUUCUCCAUUCACUUGACUCUUAAUAAUCUCAGAGGGGACGGAUCAAGGAGCAGACGGUUUCCUGAGCCAACAAAGAACCCCUUUACAUGGCUAUUUAUCUUUGUAUCCUGUCCAAAUUACACAUAUGAGCUGGGAGCUUGGGUGGGCUUUUCCAUUAUGACCCAGUGUCUGCCAGUGGCAUUUUAUACAUUACUGGGCUUCAUUCAGAUGACCAUUUGGGCCAAAGGGAAGCACAGGGCCUACAGCAGAGAGUUCAAGGACUAUCCCACGCUCCGGAUGGCUAUUAUUCCCCUGAUACUCUGAUAGAGAACACAACAUGAACUAUGGUAGCAUAUACUGUGUGUAUUUUUCAUUAAAACAAAGAGGUUUGCUACUACUGAGGUCAACAUUUUGAAAGAUUUGUAUAUUUAUGAACCAAAAGCAGUGGGAAAAGUGAUAAUAUUAUAGCAAUAUAAUAGUUCUUUUUUUUUAAACAAUGGGUUUCAGUUUCUUCAUGAGAGUUUGAUUAUAAAUUGUGAUUUGAAGUUCAUGACAUUAGGUUGAGCUUCACUGCAGUUUUUUCUUUUUUUUAUAUUUGGCUCCUUCAGGACUUAAAAUGGCACUUGAGCUUUUUAGCACCCUUAUUCAAACACAUGAAUUGUUCUCAUGAAGAAACCUGCUCACCAACUCACAGGUUAUUGCUGUUCAAUGAUCAAUGCUUACAACACUGAUAAACAUUUCAGGUUAAGUGCAAAAGAUAACACAUCCACUAGCUUGUAAUAAAGUGCCUGUCUAAGCAAACUAGCAGAUAAACAUGUAAAAUGUCUCCAUUUAAGAGUGCGACAUUGCUUUUAAGCUGACAAAGCAGACAUCAUUUAAUUAUGCAAAAAUAAGCUUGUCCACUGUGAAUCCAAGACUUUUUUUCAGAGAAAAGGUGAACUGUAAAAGUGGAACAUCUGUCAAUGUAUCGAGGGCUUUUCAAAUAGUCAGUGAGGAUUGCUAUUGUCCACCACUUUCUGUCUAAUCUCAGGUUUUCUGUCCAACAGUGUUUUGUACAAAUGAGAAUGUGAGUAAUCUCAAGCAAUUGUCCUAUAAAACCUGUUACUUUAUUUGACAUGAUGCCCCUCUAAGAAACAUCACAUUGGUACGUUCCUCUAAUGAUACCAGGUGCUGGUGAAUGCAAAGUGAACACAUGUAUAAUAAAGCGCAAAGCCUGAAAAGACAUUGGUGGCAAAAAAAAUAUCACACAAUAUUAGUUAUUCCAUAGCAGCAAGAGGACUUUGUAAAGACCAUUAGUUAUAUUGCACUAGCAGAGUCUUUGUAAGAAUUCUAAUGUUGUCUCAAUAAAGUGCUAAGGCUUU